UAAGCAUAAUUUUUUAAUUGCUUGGAAGUGGAACGGUGUCCCUUGAGAUGACAGAGCUGCUCAGCAUGUCUGAGCACCGGGGGUUGGGAGCACUGCCACAUUGCUCUUGUUUUUUGUAGAUCCCAGAGGCACUGGCAGGGGAAGAGGUUGUGCUACCCUCUUCCUCCUUUAAACCUUCAGCUUCCUGUCUCCUGUCCUCAGGAGUCUUUGUCACCUGCAAGGCUGCCCUGCCUGGAGGGGACUCUGUGGGGAACAGGGCUGCACCACCACACCAGGACACCUGGGCUUCGGGCUGGGUGUUUGGUGAAGGGACCACAGGCCACCUCUGUUGCUCCAGAUCUCUCUUUCUUGCAGGUACAGCGCUCCCAGCCCAGCCGCAGAAUGGCACUGCCCCCCAGCCCUCUGGCCAUGGAAUAUGUUAAUGACUUUGACCUGAUGAAGUUUGAGGUAAAGCGGGAGCCCUCUGAGGGGCGAUCUGGACCCCCCACAGCCUCACUGGGCUCCACACCUUACAGCUCAGUGCCUCCUUCACCCACCUUCAGUGAGCCGGGCAUGGUGGGGGCCGCGGAGGGCGCGCGGCCAGGCCUGGAGGAGCUGUACUGGCUGGCCACCCUGCAGCAGCAGCUGGGGGCUGGGGAGUCGCUGGGACUGAGUCCCGAUGAGGCCGUGGAGCUGCUGCAAGGUCAGGGCUCGGUCCCUGUUGAGGGCGGCGGCUACUAUCCAGGGAACCCAGAGGAGACAGGAGCCCAGCACGCCCAGCUGGCCGAGCGGUUUUCAGACGCGGCGCUGGUGUCGAUGUCCGUGCGGGAGCUCAACCGGCAGCUGCGGGGCUGCGGGCGAGACGAGGCGCUGCGGCUGAAGCAGAGGCGCCGCACGCUGAAGAACCGCGGUUACGCGCAGGCCUGCCGCUCCAAGCGGCUGCAGCAGCGGCGCGGGCUGGAGGCCGAGCGCGCCCGCCUGGCCGCCCAGUUGGACGCGCUGCGGGCCGAGGUAGCUCGCCUGGCUCGUGAGCGCGACCUCUACAAGGCUCGCUGUGAUCGGCUGACCUCGAGCGGCCCCGGGUCGGGGGACCACACCCACCUCUUCCUCUAAGCCUCCGGGGGAGGGGACGUGGGGUGUGCAGGUGGUUGAGUAGAGAGCAAUACUCCGGAAUCGGCUGCACUACUCACUUCUGGUCCCAUCCACUCCCCAGUAUGACCACACAAAUAUCCCCAAACUUCCUGGACCCUCAAGAUGCUGGCCAUUUUCUGGAAGAGGGGUCCCUUCUCCUCUUCCAGGCCUUGCACAGUCAGGGAACUCUCCAAGGGCCAGGGCUCUGCAGGCGCGGAGGGUGGCAUUGUGGAGGGCAGCCUUGGGCACAGUGAAUGGGAGGGAAGGGAGUGGCGCAGCUCUUCCCUCAGUUUAGUUCUUAAUUAAAGGUUUUCAAUUUGUAGUGCAUUAAGGCUGUAAUUAGCAAUGAGGCUGUAUUUUUCACUCCAAGGUUUGUAACCUCCUUAGCAAGACAAACUAGGAAUGCUACCCAAGAUUCAUUUUCCUACCAAGUCCACUGGUCUUCAGGGCCCUCAGCAGCUAGGCUUGAGGAGUGAGCCCCAGGUGUGGGUUAGCGUCAGCUAGGAGAGGGGCCUUGGCGCUAGUCGUGGAUCUGCCACAGGAUCCCACUGUCACCUUGAGCAAAUCAAUUGCUCUCUGGCCUCAGUUACUUCAUCUAAUCCUCAUUUGGAUUGGAUGACUUCUGACACCUUUUCAGUUCUGGCAUCUCCCCAUGAGUGAGUUCCAACGAUCUCCCCAGGAAGCUCCCGAGACAAACCUCAUCAAAGGGACGUCCUGUCCUGCUCCAGUUUCUGGCCACAACCCCAGCAGUGGACUAGAAGCCUGGAUGGGGAUGCAUGAUUCCCCUCCACACACAAGGGGUCCCUGCUGCUCUGUCCAGGCUGCCUCAGGCUCCAGCCUUGCAGAGGUACCCCUGCUACCUCCUACCUCUCUGAAGGCUGAGGUGAGACCUCCGCGGAUGGCAGAAGCUGAGAGUGCAGCUUUUGCGAAUUAAAUCUGAAGUCCAGGCAGAAGUGUAAUACUAUUGGCUAAAUGUUCUUGCAAUUUAAAAAGAGUUCAUUUUCUA